AUGGUAGUGGUGUCCUGUUGUCCUGGUGGGAACAGCGGCCAAGUCCCGUGCGAUGCAGGGACAUACAAUAACAACCCAGGAGAAAGUGACACAUCGGCUUGCAAGAUCUGCUAUGCGGGAACCUACAGCCUCGGAGCAGCUGACCACUGCACUCUCUGCCCAUCUGGGCGUGCCUGCUACGUUAAUGGUACCAUCUCGCCCACCUGGUGCGGCGAGGGCCAGUAUGCGGUCAACGGUAGCACGGCCUGCCACCAGUGCCCUGUGGGCCACUACUGCCCCAACAUCUUUGAUGAGCCCAUCCAAUGCAACUUUGGGCAGUACUCCAACGGCGAGGGGCGGACGGUGUGCUCGGAGUGCGAAGCAGGCCACAAGUGCCCAGACAGGAACAGCUCGGUACCCUGCCCGGCCGGUGCCAUGAGUAAGCUCGGGGAUGGAGUUUGCACCAGCUGCCCUCUGGGAUAUAUCAGCUCGGAAGGCUCAAGUUCCUGCACCAUCUGCUCGGCCGGUUUCAAGUGCCCUGAUCCGGCGGGCUCAGAGGUGGCCUGUGAGGAGGGUUACUUCUCGGCCGCCGGCGCGGACAAUUGUACCCGCUGCGCCAACAACCAGAUCAGCAACGUCGAUCACACGGCCUGCGAUCCUUGCCCGGCUGGAAAGAAAUGCUCCAAUCCGACCCUGGCACCGACGGACUGCAAUGCAGGAGAGUACGCCUUGGAGGGGGAUGGCAUCUGCACGGCAUGCCCAGCGGGCAGGCGGUGCCCAACAACAUCGGCAGUUGAAUACUGCCCUGCUGAUACCUACUCAUCAGGUGGUGCCACGGAAUGCACAACGUGCCCGGCCGGCUACAGCUGCACUAAUACCUCAGCCAUGCAGUGCUCCGGAGGAUGGUACAGCGCAGAAGGAAGUUCUGUCUGUACUGAGUGUGCUGCUGGUUAUUACUGCCCGGUCGGUGCCUCACAGCAACUGGAGUGUGAGGAUGGAAAAUACGUUGAGUCAGCUGGCCAGACGGUUUGCCAGGAUUGCCCGGCGGGAUAUAAGUGCGACACAAAAUCCUCAAAAACAGCUUGCGACCCGGGGACCUAUUCGCUGGCUCGUUCUAUGGCCUGCGAGCCAUGCACAGCAGGUUACAGCUGCACUGCCCAAGAUGCAGAACCUAUUGCGUGUCAGUUAGGCUGGUACAACGACGACACCAGUGGCACCGCCUGCCAGCAGUGUCCUGAGGGAAAAUACUGUGCUGACCCAACCCAGGGGCCUGUCGACUGUGACGAUGGGGCGACAGCCUGCACGGACUGCCCGCCAGGUUAUGCCUGCACAAACCACACCUAUGCAGGCCGGAUGGCUUGCUCAGCAGGAUCCUAUGCUACUGGCAAGGCCCUGUCGUGUACCGUCUGCACUGCCGGCUACUUCUGUCCAAGUACAAGGGAUAACUCUGAGGUGGAGUGCGCCCCGGGAACCUACUCCUCUGAGGGUGCCACUCAGUGCCAGGUUUGCCCGGCGGGCUCCCAGUGUCCCCGGACAGACGGCCUGGACAUCCGCAACUGUACCGAGGGAGAGUACAGUACGUCACAGAGCACAGCCUGCGUGGCGUGCCCAGCAGGCUUUGCCUGUCCUCAGACCAACAGUGACUACAAGGUGGCCUGCAGCAGUGGGUUCUACUCCACGGGACAGCAGAGCGAGUGCACGGGCUGCGAUGCUGGCUUUUUCUGCCCCAGCACGUUUGUGGAUCAGAUGCUGGAGUGUCCCACCGGAUACUACUCCCUGGGCAAUGCCUCUAUCUGCACCGAGUGCCCAGCUGGCUACUACUGCACAAGCAAGGACGUGGCCCCCAGUGACAUGUGCCAGCCGGGAACCUACUCCCUGGGCACCCAGAUAGCCUGUACCAACUGCAAUCCGGGCUACUUCUGUUCGUCCAUCUACUCCGGUCCCGUCAAGUGCCCCAGGGGUUACUACAGUGGCCUGAAUGCGGUCAACUGCACCAUCUGUGAGGCGGGGUACCAGUGCUCAGAUCAAACAGUUCCCGAAGUCUGUCCCCCGGGCACCUGGUCGGAGGCCGGCUGGGUGGGCUGCAAGCCCUGCCAGGCUGGCUACACUUGUGAUGAGGGUUCCACCAAGCCCAACCCGGACGCUGACAUCUGCGAGCCUGGCGGCUGGUGUGACGGCAAGACCCGAUAUGAAUGUCCGGCGGGGACCUACAACCCUUACAACGGAUCUUCCUCACAGACCGACGCCUGCUUGCCCUGCCCCGCUGGAUUCUAUUGUAAGGGCACCGGUAACACAGACUACAUCAACAGUCUAUGCCCAACGGGGCACUAUUGCCCGGUUGGUACCACGUAUGAGACUGCAUUCCCUUGCCCAGGUGGGACCUACAAUGACCUGACCAACCAAUCGUCAGAGUUCAUCGCCUGUAAGGAGUGUCCAGCGGGCUACUACUGCCCCCAGGGCAGCUCUGACUACGAGUCCAAUGAGUGCCCCCGGGGGUUCUACUGCUUAGCCGGCCAGGCGUCGGGGACCAACAAUGCCUGCCCGCUCGGAUACUAUGGCGACGAGCUCGGGUUUGCCAAUUCCACCCAGUGCAUCAUAUGCCCCGUUGGCCAUUACUGUCCCCAUGGUAGUGCCACCAAUCCAACCACGUCUCCCACCCCUUGCGAACCGGGUACCUACAACCCCGAUGAGGGGGCGGGGCAUCAGUACAACUGUCGGCUUUGUGAUCGUGGGAGGUCCUGCCCGCUCUCAGGACUGAGCAACAGCUCACACCCAUGUGCUGAAGGAUUUUACUGUCCAAACGGGACCAUUACCAAUGACCAGUUUCCCUGCCCUCCGGGGACAUACACCGGAUCAACUGAGCUGACGUCCUCAGAGGAAUGCUCACCGUGUCCUGCUGGGAAGUACUGUACCUGGGCAACAGGAGAGAACGUCAACGGACCUCAGCCUUGCAAGCCAGGUUACUACUGCCCGCUGCAGACGCCGAGUCCCGACCGCUACCCCUGCCCAGAGGGAACGUUCUCCCCCUUAUCCAACCUGACACAGCCAAGCGAGUGCACCGAAUGUACUGCAACCUACUACUGUUUAGGCGGGGAACCGACCGAGUCUGGUCCCUGUCCCCCAGGGUUCUACUGUCCCCUAGGCACCAAGUUUGCUGAGCAGUACCCUUGUCCCAAUGGCACCUUCAACGGGGACUACAGCCAGGAUGAAGAGGCCGACUGCAAACCAUGCACCCAAGGCCAUUUCUGCGAGUACGGUGUCAACGCCCCCGAGCCCUGCCCCGCCGGUACGUACAUGCCUUACGGCGUCAACUCCUCGGACUACCUCUUCGGAGAGACGGCCAAGUACCAGAGCGACUGUUUGGACUGCCCGGGGGGCUCCUGGUGCGGCUCACAAACCAUCUUCCCCAACGACUGCGGCACGGGCAAGUACUCGACCACCAAGCAGAGCAAUUGCAAGGACUGCGAGCCCGGCUACUACUGCGACAAUGCCACCACCUCGGAGUUGGACAUGCUGACCAACAAAAGGUGCCCGGCCGGCCUGUACUGCGCCGGGGGGCUGAACAAUGUCGGGGAGGCGACCAACUGUAGCCAGAGGCACUAUUGCCCAGAAGCCACGCCCUUUGAAGUUAACUGCCCAGUAGGUACCUACAACCCCACCACCGGCCUGGGUGACGUCAACGAGUGCACGGCGUGCGAUGCCGGCUGGUACUGCCUGGAGGGUACCCUGGCAGUCACCGGACAGUGCGUGCCGGGUUACUACUGCCCGACCAACAUCGCCAACCCUUACAGCAGCAACCCGGCCACUAUCGGCUCUUACGGACCACAGCAGGUUCCAUGCCCUGGCGGCACUUACAUUGACACCUCCGGGGGGCGUUACCUGGAGGACUGUGACCCCUGCCCUGCAGGCUUCUACUGCCCGCUGGGGACGGGCAACCCCAUCGAGUGCCCCCGAGGUUUCUACUGCCCGGACAACUCGUCGGCCGCUAAUCCCUGCCCCAUCGGCAGAUACGGGAACUCAACAGCUCUUCCAUCCCUGGAAAGUUGCCAGCUCUGCGAUCCCGGCUGGUACUGCGACGCCCCUGGCCUGGCCUCCCCGCGGGCCCCCUGCGACCCGGGCUUCGUCUGCUACGAGGGUGCCACGUCGUCAGACCCCACUGACGGUGUGACUGGAGAGACUUGCCCCGCAGGCGGCUACUGCCCACUGGGUUCUUACACCAGCCUGCCCUGCCCACCUGGGACCUACAGUAACACCUCGGGUGCCAUCAACCACUACGACUGCUUCGAUUGCGACCCUGGUUUCUACUGCAGCAACGCUCGAACACCGAGUCCGACGGGUCCUUGCAACCCGGGCUACUACUGCACUGGCGGUGCCCGAACCCCCAACCAGACGGUCACCCAGCCAGGCCACUACUCGGAGUCAGGGGCCACCCAGCAGACCCCGUGCCAGCUGGGCACCUACAUGCCAUAUGACAGAGCGGGCGCUUGUCUGACCUGCCAGGCCGGGUUCUAUUGCCCCUUUGAGGGCAUGACAAAUAUGACCUCGUGCGAAGCAGGUCAGUACUGCUCCGAGGGUGCCUACACCUUUGAGCUCUGCCCCACUGGCACCUACUCCCCCCACACCCACCAGACACACAUCGACAACUGCACGGACUGCGAGCCAGGCUACUACUGCAGUGAGAACGGGGGUACUGAUCGGACCGCGCCCUGCGCGGCCGGCCACAUCUGUUUUGGCAAUGCCUUGUUUGCCACGCCAGUCUACAACAACGACUCCUCCGACGGUAAAGUAGUCAUCACCUGGGGAGACCAGUGUGCCAGGGGCCACUACUGUGUGGAAGGGACCACCCUGAUGGAGGAGUGCCCCCAGGGAACCUACCUCAAUUUUGUGGGAGCGAGGUCUCGCGAUGAGUGCAUAUCGUGCGGAGCGGGCAAAUACUGCGACCACACAGGGGCAGUUGAGGAGUCAGGCGACUGCGCCCCCGGCUAUGUCUGCCUGGGUGGCGCAAUGCAGGACAUGCCGACAGACAACGUGACCGGCCACAUCUGCUCCAAGCGGCGCUACUGCCCCGGAGGCACAGCGGAGGAGUUUGUUUGCCCACAGGGCACGUUCUCGGACAUCGAGGGCCUGUCGGCGUGCAAGUCCUGUGAGCCAGGUUUCUACUGCGCACCCGACGCUGACCCCGUGGAAUGCCCUCAAGGCCAGUACUGCUUGGGUGGUGAUGAUUCCAACAGAGAUCCGCUAGACUGUCCGGUGGGAACAUUUGGGAAUCGCACCCAGCUACACGCGGAGUCACAGUGCGCCAUAUGCCCUGGAGGCAAAUACUGUGAGCUGCCUGGUCAGCCCAGCUGGACCGGUCCCAUUGUGGCCGGGUUCUGGGCCAUUCAGGGGGCUACCCAGAAAGGCCCCUUUGAUGACACCACCAAUCCGAACUUUGGCAUCUGUCCAGCCGGAUUCUUCUGCCCAGAAGGCUCUGACCAUCCGAGCCCCUGCCCUCCUGGCACCUUCAGUGCAUCCACUCAUCUGCCCUCGAAUGACUCCUGCACAGUCUGCGAGCCGGGCAAGUAUUGCCCCAAUUACAAUGCCAUGGCUGAUGCCGGGAACUGCGAUGCUGGCUGGUACUGCACGGUGGGCUCCACUUCCCCCCGGCCAACCAACCCCUCAGAAGGAGGAGAAUGCCCAGCAGGAUUUUACUGUGAGGCCGGAGCAAAUGCCCCUGUUAAAUGCCUGGCGGGGACCUUCAACAACCUGACCGGUCAGUUUGCCUGCAUCCAGUGUCCAGCAGGUUUCUACUGCGUCGAACAGACCACUGACCCGACUGAAUGUCCAGAGGGCUACUACUGCCCGGCUGGAACCCAAACGGCCUUUGCCAAUGCCUGUCCAGAGGGGACCUUCAAUAACUUGACCGGAAGGUCUGAACUGGGUGACUGUAUUGAAUGUCUCCCAACGUACUACUGCGAGACCCCGGGCCUCAGCUGGCCCACAGACCUGUGUGAUCCUGGCUGGUACUGCCGCAAUGGCUCUCGCUUUGCCCAGCCAGUGCUGGCCGCCGAGGGUGGGCAGUGCCAAGAGGGCAAGUACUGCCCCCUGGGCAGUUCCCUGCCGCUGCCCUGCCUGCCCGGCAUGUACUGCGGCAGCCCCGAACUGGCCUACCCGAGCGGCAACUGCAGCGCGGGUCACUACUGCUCGGGUGGAGCUUCAGUCAAUGCUCCAGUGGGAGUGGCAUCGGGUGACAUCUGUCCAGUAGGCCACUACUGUCCUGAAGGUAGUCAGUCACCAACCUCAUGCCCCAGCGGGACGUUUGGCAACACCACAGGAAAUGAAGCGGUUACUGACUGCUACGACUGUACGCAGGGCAUGUACUGUGAAGGCUUGGCCAACCCUGCACCUGAUGGUGACUGUAUCGAUGGCUACUACUGCCCCCCGGGUCAGAAUGUGGAAAACCCAUUUGAUUAUCGCUGCCCCGAAGGCCAUUACUGUCCCAGUGGGAGUCACGAGCCAGUCCGUUGCGACUCCGGCUACUACCAAGAUGAGACAGCCCAGGGCUCCUGCAAGGAUUGCCCCAGCGGUUACUACUGUGACAACACCAAGGCACCUGUGGUCCUGUUCAAUAACUCGCUGUGCCCUGAGGGACACUUCUGCCCGCCUCUCACACAAUAUGCUGUCCAGCACAAGUGUCCCCGCGGCACCUUCGGCAACCGCACUGGAAUGGACUCCUCCGAUGACUGCAACCCCUGCCCCGGCGGCUACUACUGCGACGAAGAAGCCCAGACUGACUACACCAAACUGUGCGAGGCCGGGUACUUCUGUCGCAGCGGGGCAACCGUUUCCACACCUAACUCCACCACAGAUGCCAACGUCUGUCCGGCCGGCUAUUACUGCAUGGAGGGAACUGCUGAACCGGUACCCUGCCCACCGGGAACCUAUUCGGACGACAUCAAGUUGAGGAGUCAGGACGAGUGCAUGAAUUGCACCAAGGGAGAGUACUGUCCGGAUUAUGGCAUGACGGAAACCGCCGGGCCUUGCCUAGCUGGCUACUACUGCCCCGAAGGAUCCAGCCGCAAAGACCAAAUUGAGUGUCCAGUGGGAAAAUACUGCACCAACGGGACCUUUGAUCCUGUGGACUGUCCCCGAGGAACAUUCAACAACGAGACAAUGAAGGCAGCGGAGAGUGAAUGCUAUCCGUGCUCUGGUGGCAAAUACUGCGAGACGGAGGGACUGACUGAGCCUACUGGAGACUGCGCAGAGGGCUACUUCUGUCCGCCUGGCACUGUGGACCGAGAGCCCGUAGGCAACGAGUGCUUCAUCGACCACUACUGUCCCGGUGGCGUGGCCUACCCGAUCCCCUGCCCCAACUACACCGAGGCCAACCAGACCAAGUCCUCCUCCUGCAACCUCUGCCCCCAGGGCUACUACUGCCCGCAGCCUGGGGUCCGGAUGCUGUGCCCGCAGGGUUACUACUGCCCAACGGGAACCGGAGUGAAUUGGCAAGCUUGCCCAAGGGGUACCUACAGCGACCAGAACGGCCUGUACAACAUUGACCAGUGUAAGCCCUGCACAGCGGGUCACUACUGUGACAGUGAGCACCUGACGGCGGUGACCAACCCAUGUUCGGCGGGCCACUACUGCGUCUAUGGGGUGGACCGGCCUGAGCCGGAUGGGGACAACUCCACGUCUUGCUCGUACUAUGACAGCCGGCAGAGCGGUUACGGUGGUCAGUGCCCCGUGGGGUAUUACUGCGAGGCAGGCAGCAUCUACCCUGAGCCCUGUGCAGCAGGGACAUACUCCCCCUCGGAAGGCAUGGAGGCGUGCCUACCCUGUGAGCCAGGCUACUACUGUCCGGAAGGGUCAUCUGCGUAUGAAGACAAGCCAUGCCCAGCCGGUCACUACUGCCCAGAGGGGACAGAGUCGGACACCCAGUAUUCUUGCCCCAUCGGGACGUUCAACAACCUGACCAAGAGCACCAAUGACAGUGCCUGCACUCCCUGCACAGGUGGCUCGUAUUGUGCCAGUAGGGGCCUGCCCAACCCAACGGGAAUCUGCCAGGGUGGCUUCUACUGCAGUGGGGGCUCUUCCACGGCCACCCCCUCUGGAGAUGGAGGUGACAUGUGCAUGGCUGGUUACUACUGCCCAGCCGGGGCAUCGUAUGCCGUUCCCUGCCCCGGGGGCGAGUACUGCGCCGGGAAUGGAUUGAACCAGACAUCUGGGAUGUGCGACCCCGGGUAUUACUGCACGCUCAGGGCAGUUGAACCUAAUCCCGAAGAUGGAGAAACAGGAAACCUCUGUCCCAAGGGGGCCUUUUGCCCUCUGGGUAGCAGCUCCCCUGAGCUCUGCGACUCAGGCACGUACCUCAACAGCACCCAUAACAACGACAGCAGUGCUUGCCUGGCCUGCGAUGCUGGCUAUUACUGUGCCGGCCGGGGGAAUCCCGUACCCACUGACGAGUGCUGGGCGGGAUACUACUGCCCUCCGGGACAGGAAGAGCCAACGCCAGAUGGUUAUAACUGCACUCAAGGUCACUUCUGUCUCGCUGGUUCCAUCGAGCCAGUCCGCUGCGAGUCCGGGACAUACCAGGAUGAGAUUGGCCAGUCCAGCUGCAAAGAUUGUCCUGAAGGCUACUUCUGUGACAACACCAUUCAGCCUGUGGUGCUCUACAAUAACUCCUACUGCCCCACAGGUUUUUACUGUCCCAUGAGCACCAGGUAUGCCACCCAGUACGCCUGCCCCAAUGGCACCUUCAACAACCUGACCCACCGCGUGGAGGUCAGUGACUGCCAGCCGUGUUCGGCGGGCAAGUACUGCGAGACGGACGGGCUGUCGCAACCCACCAGUGACUGCUACGCAGGGUAUUUCUGCACAAGCGGCUCAGACACGCCCACGCCCACCAUCGGCAGCAAUGCCAACGAAUGCCCUGCUGGCUUCUACUGCGGUAAUGGAACGGCCACGCCUGAGGCGUGCCCACCAGGCACGUACAACCCUUUCACGCGACGUGUCUCCCUGGACCAGUGCGUGAGCUGCGACGCUAAGCGCUAUUGCCCAGACUACAAUAUGACCAGCCCAGGAGAUCUCUGUGAUCCAGGUUAUUACUGUGAGCUGGGUGCCAACAAUGCUAAGUACCAGCCAUGCCCAGAAGGUCACUACUGCGAGCAGGGUACCGACGUGCCAGAGCCUUGCCCACCUGGCACUUGGUCAGACGUUCAGUCACUGGCAACCGAGUCAGAAUGCUACAACUGCACUGCUGGGUUCUACUGCCCGACCAGCGGCAUGACGGCUGUCGUGGACGAGUGCUCUGGAGGCUAUUACUGUCCAGGAGGGGACAGCGUACCCAACCCGACCCCCUACCUCUGCCCCGCCGGCGUCCACUGCCCCAAUGGCAGUGCCAUCUACCAGCAGUGCCAGCCGGGGACCUUCACCGACUACGAGGGAGCGUCGGAGUGUAGUGUUUGCCCCGAGGGCUACUACUGCUUACCAGUCACGCCCGCCAGUGCCUCAUUGGCCUACCGGCCCUGCCCAGCUGGUUACUACUGCCCCUACGGAACUGGAGCCGACUGGCAGCCAUGUCCAGCCGGUACCUACAGCCCAGUGGAAAGUCUGACCAACGUGACAGAGUGCCUGGCUUGCGAUGGGGGUCACUACUGUACCGGCCCUCACGAGACCUCACCUUCUGGUGGCUGUCUGCCAGGCUACUACUGCACAUCAGGGGUUGACCGUGAAAAUCCCGGUGCAAGCAUGGAGGCCAUCAACUGCUCCUGUCCAGAACAGACCGUCUUCACUGGUGAAGGUGGCAUCUGUCCAGUCGCCCACUACUGUCCAGCCAACUCCACCCUCCCUCUUGCCUGCGAGCCCGGCACCUACAAUAACCUGACUGGCCAGUCGGCCUGCUUUGACUGUCCAGAGGGCUACUACUGCUUGGCUCAAACCACCCACUACAUAAACUUUGAUUGUCCUGUGGGUCACUUCUGCCCAGAAGGAACCCAAGACCCAUUUGAGAACCCUUGCCCGCCAGGGACCUACAACCCCCACCCCAACUCCAAGGACAUGUCCGCUUGCCUGGACUGCCCCAUGGGCAAGUACUGUGAGGGCGCCGGCAAUGCCAACUACACGGACGAAUGUGACGAGGGCUGGUACUGCUCAGGCAGGGCCCAGAAUCGCACCACCACGGCCCACGGUGGAGAAUGUCAACCUGGCUACUACUGCCCAAGAGGUUCCGGUUCACAAAUCUCGUGCCCCGGUGGGAAGUACUGCCAGACCUCAGGCUUGUCCGAGCCAACAGACGACUGCGACGCCGGCUACUACUGCACUGGGCAGUCCACCACCGGUACCCCUGACGAUGGCAUCCAAGGUGAUGAGUGCCCACCAGGCUUCUACUGCCAAGCCGGUUCCCCCUGGCCGGACCCUUGCCCGCCUGGAACGUUCACCCCCUACUUUAAGAACGAGAACAUGUCGGACUGCGUGCCGUGCCUGGACGGUGACUACUGCGGACAGUACAAUCUCACAGAGACCAACGGGAAUUGCACCCAGGGUUACUACUGCCCCCGCGGUCAGUCAGACCCCCAGGCCUACGAGUGCCCCGUCGGUCACUACUGCCCCAGCGGCAUCCACCAUCCCAUCCUAUGUCCCAGUGGCACCUACCAGGACGAGACAGGGCGAUGGGACUGCGAGGAGUGCCCGGCAAGCUACUACUGCGACAAUUCCAACGGGGUGGUCGUCAUCAAUGACACCAUCACCUGCCCCAGGGGCUUCUACUGCGAGGCGGGCACCCAGCGGGCCGACGAGUCUGGCUGCCCGCGCGGGACCUUUGGCAACGACACAGGCUUCGACGACGUCAGUGAUUGCAUACCCUGCUCAGGCGGCUACUACUGCGAGGAGGCGGGCAAAACCGUGCCCACUGCACCCUGUGAAGCCGGCUUCUUCUGCAAGCAGUAUGCCGAAACCGGUGCCCCAUCACAGGGAGCCAGCCAGGCUGACAUCUGUCCACAAGGUUCCUACUGUACCGAGGGCACAGUGGAGCCCUACCCCUGCCCACCAGGGACCUUUGGCGCCACCGAGGGACUACGGAAUGAGUCUAGCUGCACGCCCUGCCUGGCUGGCUUCUUCUGCGAGAGCGAGGGACUGCUGGAUGUGGAAGGCUCAUGCCAAGAGGGCUACUACUGUCCACUCGGCUCCAGCUCUCGCACCCAGCUCAUCUGCACCGUAGGUCACUACUGCCCGACUGGAUCGGACAUACCCACUGACUGCCCCGAGGGGACCUUCAACCCCUACCAGGGCCUGAUGAACGAGAGCCAGUGCACCCCUUGCACGGAGGGCAGCUACUGCCAGGAGAGAGGUAUAGAGAGCCCAACUGGCCCCUGUGAGCCCGGCUAUUACUGCCCGCCUGGCCAGAGCUCACCCAGGCCCUAUGAGUACAAUUGCACUGUCGGUCACUACUGUCCGCUCAACUCGUCUGAGCCCCUGCCCUGUGCCAACGGCACCUACAUGAACCAGACCCAUGCGGAGGAGUGCUUCAUCUGCCCAGAGGGAUGGUACUGCGUCUUGGGCAACCUCGUUGACAGUUGCCCCAUGGGAUACUGGUGCCCUGAGGGCACCGGCUUUGACUGGCAACCCUGCCCGCAUGGAACCUUUGGCAACGAGACAGGCCUGUCGACCGUGGAUCAGUGCGAGCAGUGCCUGGGUGGUUUCUACUGCAACCAGCUAGGGGCCACCACCGUCACGGACACCUGCGAUCCAGGUUACUACUGCACGUAUGGUGUUGACCGCGCCCAGCCCGACGACCUGUCCCCAAGCCUGAUCAACGGCACCUGUCAACUCCCCAGCGGGUACACUGGGGUGGGUGGGGUGUGUCCCGUCGGACACUACUGCCCUGAGGGAUCGCCCAUGCCCGUUGCCUGCGAGGCUGGCAGCUACGCCAACGUGACGGGCCUAGCAGCAUGCUUGGCUUGCCCUGAGGGUUACUACUGCCCUGAAGAGUCGGUCUCCUACGAUGACAAGCCCUGCCCGAUGGGCCACUACUGCCCUCUUGGCACCGAGUCCAUGUACCAGUUCCCCUGCCCAACGGGGACAUUCCUGAACACCACCCUGGCCACAGCCCAGAGCGACUGCCUGGGCUGUCCCGGCGGGUGGUAUUGCGAACUGGAAGGGCAGCCCAACCCCAAGGCCAGAUGCAGUCCAGGUUGGUACUGCGCUGCCAAUGCCACCAUUGCCAUGGACGGGACCCACGGCGGCAUGUGUCAGCCAGGAUUCUACUGUCCAGAGGGAUCCUACCGCAUGCUGGAGUGCGAUCCAGGGAUGUACUGCCAGACGCCCGGGUUGGACACCCCCACUGGCAAUUGCACAGCUGGAUUCUACUGCACCCUGAAUGCCAAUGACUCCUCCCCGACGGACGGCGUGACGGGCGACAUCUGCCCAAAGGGCUACUACUGCCCUCUGGGGUCGAUCCAGCCCCAGCCGUGCCCAACAGGUACCUUCCUGAACAGCACCCAGAACGACGCGAUGGAGGACUGUCGGCCCUGCACAGAGGGCAUGUUCUGCCCCGGGGAUGGGUUAGACCUUCCUGAGGGACCCUGCGAUGUCGGUUACUACUGCCCCAGCGGGCAAAAUGUCUCAGCCCCACCAGAGUACAGAUGCCCCGUCGGUUACUAUUGCGAGCUGGGCUCCGCUGAACCGACCCGCUGCCGCAACGGCACCUACAACAACGAGACGGGCCAGGGGUCAUGCCUGCAGUGCCCGGCGGGAUACUUCUGCGACAGCACGGAGGAGCCCGUGGUGCAGUACAAUGAGACCAACGUGUGCCCCCCUGGGUACUACUGCCCAGCCGGCACGCGCUACGCCACCGAGUACCCUUGCCCGAUCGGUACCUUCAACAACUUCACAGGGCGGCAGACGGAGAUGCAGUGCAUUGGAUGCCUAGGUGGGUUCUACUGCCCUCUGACGGGCAUGCCAUACCCCGUUGAUCUGUGUGCAACCGGCUACUACUGCAGGGAAUAUGCGGAGACAUCAACCCCCAAACAAGGUGAGCAAGCCAACGUGUGUCCCCAGGGCCACUACUGCGAGGUGGGCACUGCCAACCCCACUCCCUGCCCCAAGGGAACCUUCAGCGAUGAGCUGAUGCUGGAGAAGGAGGCGGACUGCCAGCUCUGCCGGGCCGGGGAGUACUGCGCCGAGGUCGGCAAGAACGUGACCAGCGGUCCCUGCGAACAGGGCUACUACUGCCUCCUAGGCUCCUCCGAUCCCCGCAACACCUCCUGCCCGGCUGGCAGUUACUGCGAAACGGGCUCUGGCUUCCCCGAACCCUGCCCGCUGGGCACCUACAGCGACACCGAGAACCGCUGGAACGUGUCACAGUGUGAACCGUGCGACGAGGGCUGGUUCUGCAACCAGACAGGUCUGACAGCCCCCGUUGGCGAAUGCGAUCCCGGGUUCUUCUGCCCUGAAGGCCAGAGCGUGCCUAACCCCACCGAUUACCCCUGCCCCAUCGGGCUACACUGCCCUCAGGGCAGCCCCCUGCCGGUUCCUUGCCAGCCGGGCACCUUCACCAACCUCACCCAGCAGGCCGAGUGCCUGGUGUGCCCCGAGGGAUACUACUGCGUGCCCGAGGAAGUCAUUGAAGGGAAUUCCUCCUCAGGUUUCAACCUGUGCACCCAGGGAUACUUCUGCCCUGCUGGGACCGGCAUGAACUGGACGGCCUGCCCGCCAGGGACCUACGGUGGACGACUCGGCCUGAAGGACGAGACGGAAUGCACCAGCUGCCCAGGUGGGAUGUACUGCGAUGGAAUCACGCUGGUUGCUCCAACCACUUCCUGCAGCGCCGGGUACUUCUGCACCUCCAGGGUUGACAGGCCAAACCCGACAGCAUUCGUCAAUGAUUCCUGCACGUAUGAAGGGGAGCACACGGGUUACGGUGACAUCUGCCCCCUGGGUCAUUUCUGCGUGGAAGGGUCCACUUACCCGGAAGGGUGCAGUGCAGGGACAUACCAGAAUGAAGAGGGGCAGGACUCGUGUAAAACCUGCCCCGCUGGCUACUACUGCCCGAUAAACGCGACCACGUUUGUAGAUACCCUGUGUCCUGAGGGUCACUACUGUCCAGACGGCACCACCUAUGACAUUGAGUUCCCUUGCCCACAGGGCACAUUUAACAAUUUGACAGGAGGCCAGAACGAAUCGGCCUGCGUGCCCUGCACGGCCGGCUACUAUUGCGCUGGGGAAGGCAACAGCCAGCCCACGGCGCUAUGCGACCUGGGCUGGUACUGCAUCAGUGGCUCCUACGAAGCUCAGCCGUCCGAUCCCAGCCUCGGCGGUGAAUGCCAAGCAGGUAAUUACUGCCCUCAAGGUUCCUCCUCGCAGACGACCUGUGACCUUGGCACCUUCUGUGACACAAGCGGCUUGGACGCCCCCAGGGGUGAUUGUGCGGCUGGCUACUACUGCACUCAUGGCUCGACCACCGACAAACCAACAGGAACAGGAGGCAACGAGUGCAGCGCCGGUCACUACUGCAUCGCCGGAAGCAGCUCAGAGGAGGACUGUCCCCCAGGGACCUACUUGCCGUCCCGUAGGGCCAAGAACAUCACCUACUGCUUGGACUGCAUUGGGGGACAGUACUGUGGGGCCAGCGGAUUGCCCUACCCGGAAGGGAACUGCUCGCAAGGUUUCUACUGCCCCGGUGGUCAGAUUGUCCCUGAGCCGUUGGCUUACGGUUGCCCGCCCGGCUAUUACUGCGAGGAAGGUGUAGACGACAAAGUCCCCUGCCCGGCUGGGACCUACCAGGACGAGCCAGAACAGUGGACCUGCAAGACAUGCCCAGAGGGAUUCUAUUGCAAUGACAUCGAUGGGCCCAUAGUGAACUACACAGCGUACAUAUGCCCCGAAGGUCACUACUGCCCUAAUGGCACCCUUGCAGCCACCGAGUACCCCUGCCCCAUCGGCACCUUCAACAAUGCCACGGGCCUGGCCAGCUCAGACCAGUGUGCCCCCUGCCUGGGUGGCUACUACUGUGGCCAGCCCGGCUUGACCUACCCUUACACCCCGUGCGCUGCCGGCUACUUCUGCCGCACGGGGGCGGAGAAGGCCGCCCCGGAUCAAGGGUCGGACGCCGGGGUGUGCACAGAGGGCCACUACUGCAUUGAGGGCACCACGGAACCUGUGGCCUGCCCAAGGGGGACCUACAGCAACGAGGAAGGGUUGAUGAAUGUGACAGAGUGUGAACCUUGCUUAGCAGGUCAGUACUGCGACGAGGAUGCCCUCCUGGCCCCAGCAGGUUACUGCCUGCCCGGCUUCUACUGUGAGCGCGGCUCAGACGACCGGCGACAGUACAUCUGCCCUGCUGGCAAGUACUGUGGCAACGGCACGGCGGUGCCUGAGAGAUGCCCCAGCGGAACCUACUCCAACGACACGGGGCUGACCGCCGUGUCAGAGUGCACCAACUGCACCGCCGGCUGGUACUGCCAGCGGCCCGGGUUGACAACGGAAGAAGGGCUGUGCAUGGAAGGCUACUAUUGCCCUGAAGGGUCUAGCGUUCCCAAUCCCAUUGAGUGUCCCAUCGGCCUGCACUGCCCUGAAGGCUCUCCGGACCCCAAGGCCUGUCCGUCCGGCUUCUACACCGACAGGACCACACAGUAUGAAUGCAAGAUAUGUCCCAGAGGCUUCUACUGUCUACCUGAGAACGAGACCGUCGGCAAUCCGGACCUGAAACCGGGCAUCGCGGACUGCCCCACUGGCUACUUCUGUACCAACGGCACCGGACUGGACUGGAGCGCCUGCCCGGCCGGCACCUACAGCAACCAGACCAAUCUCUACAAGGUGCAGCAGUGCACCGACUGCCCCGGCGGCUACUACUGCCCUAAUGAUGCAGCCACCUCUUACAGCCUCCCCUGCGACGAGGGCUACUGGUGCGACUCGGGCAUAGACCGCUCCAACCCCAACAACCCCUCGGAGAACGAGACCUACCCGGCCACCUGCCCGAUCCUCGGGGGCCACACAGGGGUGGGAGGGGUGUGCCCGACAGGUCACCGGUGCCCCCAGGGGACGGUGCUUCCCAUCGGCUGUGAGCCCGGGGAGUACCAGGACCAAGAGGGCCAGGGCAGCUGCAAGGUGUGCCCUGAAGGCUUCUUCUGUUUGGCCAACACCACUACCUACGUGGACAACGUCUGUCCCACCGGCCACUACUGUCCCAACGGCACCACCAUGUCCAAUGAGUUCCCCUGCCCGCCGGGGACGUUCAACCCCUUACCCCAGCAGGUUGAUGAGGGAGCCUGCGCAGCAUGCACGGCAGGAUCCUACUGCUUGGGCAGUGGCAACGAUGCACCCACGUCCAACUGCAGCGAGGGCUGGUACUGCAUUGAGGGAGCUUCCAGCCCCACCCCAACAGACCCGGCCAUCGGCGGCCAGUGUGACCCAGGGGAGUACUGCCCGGGGGGCACCGACCACGCCAUCCCCUGCGACCCUGGCUACUACUGCCAGAGGGCUGGACUGGCUGCACCGCAUUUGGAAUGCCAACAGGGCUUCUAUUGCACCCUGGGUGCCUCUGUCGGCAAUCCCACUGACAACACCACAGGCAAUGUGUGCCCCCAGGGCUACUACUGCCCUGUGGGCUCCUCUGAGCCUCAGCCCUGCCCAGUCGGCUACUACCAGGAUGCCACGGAGCAGAGUGCCAACAGUAGCUGCAAGAUCUGUACCAAGGGUGUUUUCUGCCCCCGCGAGGGCCUGCCUACUCCUGUGGGCGACUGCCUGCAGGGCUACUACUGCCCUGAGGGUCAGGUGACGGCCACGCCCCCAGACUACACCUGCCCCCAGGGUCACUUCUGCGGGGUUGGCUACGGCGACCCCGAGCCCUGCCCAUCAGGGACCUACCAGGACACGGUUGGACGGUGGAACUGCAAGGACUGCCCAGCUGGGCAUUACUGUAACGCUACCCUUGGCCCUGUUGUGUGGUACGGUUCCUACGUCUGCCCGAGUGGGUAUUACUGCCCGAAUGGGACAACCUACGCGGAGGAAUUUGCCUGCUCGUAUGGCACUUUCAACAACCUGACAGGAUUGAUGAGCGAAGCUGAUUGCACACCGUGCCUGCCCGGGAUGGCGUGCGAUGAACCCGGCCUGGUCUAUCCCAUCAGGCCCUGCGAAGCUGGCUACUACUGCAGGAAGGGAGCCAACAUCACCACACCCACAGAUGGCCCACUGAAUGAUGAAUGCCCUGCUGGUUACUACUGCAUGGAGGGUACUGUGGAACCAGACGCCUGCCCAGAGGGGACAUUCAGCCCUGCCACCAAGCUGAAGAGGGUGGAGGAGUGCCUCAACUGCACGGCUGGCUACUUCUGCAAUGAAACAGCUCAAACUGAAGUGAGUGGGCCCUGCCUUCCUCGCUUCUACUGCGACGAGUCCUCCACCCGCCCGGACCAGACCAUUUGUCCUGAGGGGUACUACUGUGAGGGGACCACGUUCAAUCCUAGCCCGUGUCCCAGUGGAACAUUCUCCAACGUAACAGGCUUGGCCGUGGAGUCGGAAUGCCUGGAUUGCACGGCUGGCUUCUACUGCCAGGGAACUGCCAACACGGAGGUCACCGGUCAGUGCCAUCCUGGGUACUACUGCCCCUCUGGGUCUAAUUCAGCUACCCAGGUGAUAUGCCCAGAGGGUAAACACUGCCCUCUACAGAGUGCCGAGCCCCAGGACUGUGUAGCUGGUACCUACGUGGACUACGAGGGUGCUUCAGAGUGCUCUGUCUGCCCGGAAGGAUUUUACUGCAUUCCUGAACUGGUUACUGAAGGUGACGGCUCCACCAGCUACCACCGCUGCACCCGCGGGUUCUACUGCCCCAACGGCACGGGCCACGACCACCAGCCCUGCCCGGUGGGCACCUACGGCCAGUCAGACGGCCUGGCCGCAGCAGCCGAAUGCACACCCUGCGACGGCGGCAUGUACUGCCAGGGCGUGAAUCUGACUGCGCCCUCAGCCGAGUGCAACGCGGGCUACUACUGUGUGUCGGGCGUUGACAAGUCAGAUCCAGUCAUGGUGGGUGGGGACCAGUGUCCGACAGGUACCGUUCAUCCGGUUAUUGGCGAUGUUUGCCCCAAGGGCCACUACUGCGAGCGGGGAUCUCAGUAUCCUACCGGUUGUGAGGCUGGCACUUAUCAGGAUCAGGUCCAGCAGUCGGCCUGCCUACCCUGCCCAGAGAGCCACUAUUGCUACCUCAACACCACGGACUACACCCCGAACGAAUGCCCAACGGGUUACUACUGUCCGCUCAACACCCCGGACCCCUAUGCCCACCCCUGCCCGCCGGGCACCUUCAACAACCUGACCCGACAGAAGGGGCCCCAGGCCUGCGUGGCCUGCACCCCGGGCUGGUACUGCGAGGGUUACGGAAACAGCCGGCCCACGGCCGAGUGCAGCGCUGGGUUCUACUGCUCGGGUGGUGCCAACGAGUCCAGGCCCACUGUGAAUGGCGGGGAGUGCCAGCCGGGCCAGUUCUGUAUGGAAGGCUCGGCCCAACCCCAGCCCUGCACCCCGGGCCAGCACUGCAACAGCACGGGCCUGUCCUCGCCGGCAGGGCCCUGUAGCCCAGGCUUCUACUGCCCUGAGGCCUCCUCCAGUCCUGAGGAGCGCCAGUGCACCGUGGGCCGGUACUGCCCAGAGGGGACGGGCCUCCCCAUUCCCUGCUUCAACGGCACCUACAACCCCUCCAUGGGGCAGGACGGUCCCGAGGAUUGCUUGCCUUGUCAGGCAGGUUUCUUCUGCAACGAGACGGGAGCCUCGAUGACAAGCGGAGUCUGCUCAAGGGGCUACUACUGCCCACCUGGACAGAAGACACCAACUCCGGCCGAUUACCUAUGCCCAGCAGGCCACUUCUGCGAAGAGAACUUCCCCAACCCAGAGCGGUGCAACAACGGCACAUACCAAGACGAGGAAGGAAAGUCAGACUGUCUGCUCUGUGAAGAAGGUUAUUUCUGCGACAAUACCAUCGCUGCCGUCAUCAACCUUGAUGGCUCAGACUGCCCAGCUGGCUACUACUGCCUGGCGGGGACCAAGAGGGCAAACGAGCACCCCUGCCCACCGGGCACCUUCAGCAACCUGACCAACGCCGUCAACGUGAGCUGGUGCCAGCCGUGCCUGGCCCGAUACUACUGUCUCUCGCCUGGGCUCAGUGCACCGGAGGGGCUGUGUUAUGCAGGGUAUUAUUGCGAAGGAGGCGAUGAUAACCCCACCCCUAACCUGUGCCCGGAGGGUAGCUACUGCCUGGAGGGUAGCUACCUGCCAACUCCCUGCCCCGCAGGCACCAUCUCGUCCGGGCGUGGCAACAAGAACGUGACGGACUGCGCCGCCUGCGAGAUAGGACACUACUGCAACGUCAACAGCUCCCAGAAUGGUGUCACACCCCCUUGUGAUCCUGGCUACAUCUGCACAGGGGGCUCAGACAUCCCUGACCCCUCGGACGGAAUCCGGGGCUACAUCUGUCCUGAGGGGCACUACUGUGAGUCGGGAGCACCCAUGGAGAUUCCCUGUGACAAAGGCACCUACGCCCCUCGUGUCGGUCUGGGAGCCUGUCUGCCAUGCCCAGAAAGAUCAACUUGUCCUGAGAAAGGGAUGAACACCACCCUGCCUUGUCCAGCAGGCUACUAUUGCCAGGAGGGGACGGACGAUAAUGGCGAGUCCUGCCCAGCAGGAACUUUCAGUGACCAGCUGUCUCUGAAGGAGGAAGCAGAGUGCCAGCAAUGCCUGUUGGGCAUGUACUGCGAAACGCCAGCCCUGUCCUGGCCCACCGGGGACUGUGACGCAGGCUUUCUCUGCGUGUUGGGGGCCGCUAACUCCAGCCCCAACGACGGGACCAACGGGCCCUGCGAGGUCGGCCACUACUGCGAGAACGGCACCCACUCUGCCACUCCUUGUCCCCCGGGAACCAUGAACCCCGACACGGGCGGCCAGUCUGAGGAUGACUGCCUCCCCUGUGAGGCGGGCCACUUCUGCCAGGGCACGGGCCUGUCGGCACCAACGGGCGUCUGCUCAGAGCGCUAUUACUGCCCCAGUGAUGCGGUGAUUGACUCCCCAGAGCCUGUGGGGUACGAGUGCCCGGCCGGUUUCUUCUGCUUGAAUGAGACGGCGACACCAGUGGCUUGCAACCCAGGCACCUACCAGCCCUCGACAGCCGAGACAAACUGCGAGGUCUGCCCCGAGGGCUUCUUCUGCAUGGUCAACACCAGUGUGCCGGAGCCCUGCAGCGCCUAUUCCUACUGUCCCGUGGGGUCCGUUGAGCCCACCCCCUGCCCCAAUGGCACCUACACGGCAGACGACGUCCGGAAAUUGGUGAAUUGGACGGAGUGCUCGCUCUGCCCAACAGGGAGCUACUGCCUCGGUGGGAGGAUCGCUGCGCCUUGCACCGCUGGAUUCAUCUGCUACUCGGGCUCGGACACCCCGACCCCCGACGGAUCUCACCCGGUCAUGGGCGAGCCCUGCCCCAUUGGCUACUACUGCUUAGAAGGUGCACUGAAUGUGUCUGUGUGUUCCCCGGGCCAAGUCAUCACAGAGCCGGGGGCCAAGAGCUCAGCGGAGUGUACCCAGUGCCCGGCCGGCUACAUCUGCACCAUCGACAGUAUCAAGGCGGAGCCCUGCACCCCAGGUUACUACUGCGAGUUCAACGAAGAUCCUAAACCAUGUCCAAACAGAACCUAUUCUGACGAAUCCCAGGCCACCAAUUCCAGCACCUGCCAGCCCUGCCCGGCAGGAUACUGGUGUAAUUACCCAGCCAUGACAGACUACGACACCAACCCAUGUCCAUUGGGUCAUUACUGCCCUACCGCCACCCCAGAGCCUAUCCCCUGCCCCCCAGGGACAUACAGGGACACACAGGCUGCCCGAAGCCAAGAGGAAUGUUGGGUGUGUCCAGCUGGCUACUACUGCCCCAACGACACGGCCAACAGCUACGGCAUCGAGUGCUUAGAUGGUCAAUUCUGCCCUGAGGGUUCCUGGGAACAGCGAGACUGCCAACCAGGCUACUACUGCAAUCGUUCCAUGACCCAGGAGCCAUGUCCGGCUGGAUUCUACUGCCCGGUCAACUCCAGCUAUCCCAUGCCCUGCCCGGCGGGCCACUACUGCGGAGAGGACUGUGACACGGAGCCUUGCGCUGGAGCCAUAGUGCCGGUCAAGUGCCCGUUGGGUUACCGGGAGAAAGAGGGUUCCCGCCGUUCUACCUUUGCCAACACCUGCGAGAUCUGCCCGGCCGGUUACUAUGGUAACGAGCCCGACCGAGCCAACUGCACCAUUUGCCGGGCGGGCGUGGUCUGUUUUGAAGGUGCAACGACUGACGAACCGCAGGGUAACGACACUAGCCAUGGGUUCAACGUGACCAAUUCCUACCCGUGCCCAUAUGGCUACUACUGUCCAGAAGGCUCAGCCAUCGAGAUCCCCUGUCCCAGCGCCACCUUCAACGAUGCCCAGUACGGCGAGUCCCUUGCUGACUGCCUGAAUUGCCCCGUUGAUCACUUCAACCAUCUGGAGGGACAGGCCGGCUGCUUCCACUGUGGAGCCGAGGCCUACCAGCCCGAGACGGGACAGGAUCAGUGCAUAUGCACGGGUGCAGGGAAACAGUUCCAGCCAAGCGAUCGGAAGUGCCUGUGUAGGCAAGGCUACCAGACGCUGGUCGGACGGGAACAAGACUGCGUGAAGGAGGUGUACGAGAUCUGCGGGGAGGGUACCUCCCGCAACCAGAACGGAACGUGCCUGGACAGCGCCGGAUGGGAGGAGUACUGCAGAACAGGGGGAGGUUGCCCAUCUGCUGAAGACUACAUCGGCUUUGACGUGACGCUGUCCCUGUGCGUCUGCAGAGUGGACGACCUACAGGAGGUGUGUGACCUGGAGUGCCGCCUGGCCCAGCGCAACCGAAUCACCCUUGUGUGUGAGGACCCGCCCUACCUGUGCAUUGAGUACCCAACUGGAGAACAGACCAAGAUCCCGUCCAGCAGUCUGACCAAGGUGAUCAACUCGCGCAACGCCAUCUCAGCCGAUCAGUGCGAGGCGUUGGACGGUAGCAAGCUGGUCAUCCACGUGACGGAAGCCAGCAGUGCUGGGUUCCUGGGUGUGUAUGACCCCGAUUCUGAGCAGCUGGAGGGCCUGGUGGUGCAGAACGCCAAGGGCCUGAACAAUGCCACCUUGGUCAACGGCUCCUCCACCUACACGGCCUCCAGUCGCCGCCGACUGCUGUCCAUCUUUGACAACUCAACGGCGAUGCGCGGUGGCGGCCGGCGUCUGCUCUCAUCCUCAGGAGUUCCCGGGUCCUCCUUCACCGGCAUCUCGGACCCAGCCGUCUGCCUGAAAUACGGCGAGACCAUGAUGUUCUAUGUCGACAACCAGAACUAUCCCGUCUACAGCAGAGAGAACCUGUAUAAUACAAAUGAGCAGUUUGACUACGGAGGUUUCCGGGAACUGGAAGAACUGCAGACUCAGAUCGGCACCUCCACCACGCUGUUCACCUACCGCUUCGUCGACCCUGGCGUCUACGUCUUCUAUCUCAGCAGCAACCCGGAGCGCAAGAUGUACGUGCGAGUCAUGGCCAGGAAUGCCCAGUGCUCUGAGGACGGUCCCUACUUCCCUGCCACGCCCCGCUACAUCGUCCAGAACGGCAUCGCGGUGGGCCAGUCCAUCCUGCUGGCCCCCGACUGGCUGACCAUCGGCCUGGUGCUGGGGCUUAUCCUGGUUCUCACCAUCCUGCUGGUCCUGCUCCUGAUCCUCUUCCGCAAGUACGGCUGGGGCAAGGUGUCCUACAUCCGGCCCAAGUACCGCGCCCUGAUCCAGAGCCACAACUUUGACGACUACGCCUCCAAGGGCUCGGUCGUGCACUCCGUCAAGAAGUACCACCGGGCACUGCAGGGGCGUAGCGAGCAUGGCCAAGGGGAUGGGGCAGCUGGGGUUGUGAUUGACGAAACCAUUGAAGUCAAAGGUGAUGAGUAUUGGGACUACGACAAGCAGAUUGACUUUGAGGCCUUCAGCACAGCCGACUUCUACGGGCAUCUUGCCCAGCAAUCUCGCCACGUCACCUCGGAGCUCGGACGACAGAAAGAAGAGGCUAAGGCUCUGUACCAGAAGCUGUCCAACCAGGCUGAGAACCUCAAAGGAUUAUGGGUAGCCAAGAUGAACCUGAAGGGACGCAGCGCCCUGGCAACCGAGGAGGACCUGGAAGCAUACGAGCGCAAGAAUGAAGAGUUGGAGAUGGAGCUCGAACGGCGCAAGGAAUUGGGCUUCCGCUUCGAAGCCAUCUUGAAGAGGCAACUGGAGAUCAAGGAGGAGGACGAGAGGAACAGAGAGGAGCACCAGGUGUCUUACCUGUCAGCCUUGCGCGAGGCAGUCCGCACCCUGAAGGACUACACAGACAGCAAGACCGGCAGAAAGAAGAGCUUGGAAGAAGAAUUUGACAACACCACACAGAAACAUGUGAUCCGUCGCGUCGGAGCUCUCCUGGGCCGCAUGUCCAGCGAAGUGUCCGCAGAGGCCCAGCGCAUCGGUGCCUGGGGCGUCCUCGGGCAAGGCAUCGGCGCUCCGCUUAUCUCGCCGGACACCAACGCACCUGUGGCAAAGGAGGAGCUGUUUGGGCCUGAUGGAAGUAUUCAGCGCUCGGACCUUGUCCACCAAAAUACCACGACAGGCCUGAUCGUGCCAAACAGUGACGCUCGCAUGCUGUUGGCCAACGGCACCGUUAAGAGCAUCCCCCCAGAUUACUUCGUCCACCCGCAGACCGGCAAUGCCUUGCCAAUCCAAGGCAACGUGGGAUACGAUCCUGUGACCUCGAGACUUGUCUACACAGUGGAUUCCUCAGUCGGUGACUCGAUCCGCUCGGAGGAGCCCUUGAUCCCCUACAUUCCUUUCCCCACUGACCCCAACACCGGUCUCCCCGUCAGCAGCAAGCUGACAGCCGUGGAGCGGGCUGGUGAGCUCAAGCUCAACGCGCCCAUGUCGGACCCCGACACAGGCCUGAAGUGUCCCGUGGUGGCUGUCACCAUCCACCCGCAAUCCGGGGUGGCAUACCCUGUGGCGGGCACCCACACCGAUCCUGUGACAGGGCUGCCAGUACCCAUCGAGAUAGGUGCCGUGAUGAUCGACCCCAGCAGCGAGCAGCCCGUGCCAGUUCUGAGCGUGGCAAUAGACCCUGAGACAGGUGACGUCAUACCGAUAGGCGGUACCCGGCAGCCACCCAAUGGUGCCCACAAUGCUUAUGUCACCAUGGUUACCGGCGACCGCUUUGUGGAGCCCCUGAGCAACCUGCAGGUCCUGAUCCAGAGUGGUGGUCUCUAUGACGACGAGGUGCUGCCUUCCAGCGGGAGCUACCAGACACUGCUGGACUCCAACCUGAUGGCCUGUGAGAUUCGGAUACUGGAGGUCGUCAAGGCCUACCUGGACGCGGCUGUCGGUCCCGAGGGCAUGAACUGUCGCCAUGAGCAGAGCCAACUGGAGACCGCCCUGAAGGACCUGGUCAAAGCCAGGCAGCGUUGUCGCAGCAACCACAUCCACGCUAUCCACGACAUCCGGCGCCGCCUGGAGCGCGCCUCCAUCCUGGCCAUCAGCGGCGGCUCCCCAGGCAUGUACGAGCACACAGCCACCGGACAGAUUCUGCCAAUCCUGGUCGGCACCAAGAUGACCGAUCCCAGCGGCUCCGGGCAGGAAGUUGCCAUCCUGGGCGUGGAGAGGAAUGCCAAGACAGGCGCGCUGAUCCCGCUAGGGGGAACCAUGGAGGAUCCCGACGGCGAUGGACUGGUUCCCAUCAUGAUUGGCCGUCAAGCCGUGGACAGCGUCACUGGUGACCUCAGCCCCAUCACCGGGGUCCGCAUCAACCCGGACACUGAGACGGUUGUCCCGGUAACCGUUUCCGCUGACAAGAAGAAGAAACCACCUCUUGGAGCAGUUGCCAUGCUCGAGGAUGAGAUUGUCGCUAGGCGCGGCUUCUGGCGUCGUCAGCGGCAACGAGAAGAAGAGCUGACUGCCCAGGAAUCCCGACUGGCCAAUCAGCUCCUGCUGGACAUGGAGAAUGUCGACGUCAAAAAGGUUGAGGAAGCCCUUGAUUCUUUCAGUGAUUCUGCCAAGUCCCUGGAAGACUCCAACAAGAGAGAGGUGACGAGGCGCGUGGAGGCCUCAGAGGAACUGAACAACGUCCUGCCACUGCAUGUCAUGGGAAUUCUCACCGAAGGAGACGACACUGAGAGGUCGUGUGAAGAGCGCCACCACGCCUCCCACCAGAAGUUUGUUGACACGGUGCGCAAGAUCUACACGCGACUGCAGUCAGAGGAGAGCAAAUACAAAGAGAGGCUGGCAGAGUUGGAGGAUGCCCUAAACCCCGAUGCGGAAUCGGCCGUCAUGAUGCGCUACCGGCAGGCCAAGUCUCGUCUCCAGGCCGAGCUGAAAGACCAACUGCUGACACGCAUGGAGAACCUGGACGAAGACCAUUCGGCCCUGGAGUACACCAGAGAGAGGAGUGAACUGCUCAGCCUGGAGGCCAAGGCGGUUCUGUCUAAUGCGGUCAUCUUGGCCGGCGACUAUGAUGCCACCAUGACGGGCGUGUACGGCGACAGCACCGUGACGGAGCAGUCCAGCCGGGAAAUCAUCCCUCUAUUGCGGCAGAUCAUCGCCAUGCUGGAGAAAGGCUCACACUUCACCCUGUCGGCUGAGCUGCUGCAAGGCAUCGCCGGCGGGGAGGGAGGCGAGACCAAGAUGCAUUACGGCAAGGUGGUCGCGUCAUCCAGUCGUAAUGUCGUCCAAGGUGACCAGUACAACCUGAGCGUGGUGCAGACAGAGAGUCUGCAGGUGCCCCAGCAGCCGGGCGGCGUGUCCCUGGCUGUGCCGGUGCGAGCGGCUGCUUCGCUAGGCGUGCCAGCACGUUCAGAAGUGUCUAUGCAAAGCUCGCGUGACAUCCGCAGCAAUCUGGUGGUGAGGAACAAUCUCAUCUCCCUGACUGACGACGACAAGCAUGCCAUGGCCAAGUCGCUGUCCGAGAAGCAGACCCUGGAAGCCGUCAAGCUGGAGAGCAGUCUCCGGGAGAGCGAGAUCAAGGAGAUCAAUGCGGUGGUGCAGGAAUCGGAGGCCAAGAAAGAAGCAACUUUGAAGCAGAUGCAGGAAGACUUGAAGGUGAAGCUGCGGAGUGCAGCCAGUGAGGAGGAGAAAGCCAAGAUCAUGCAGGCGUUUGUGGAUUCGGCUGCCAAGGUAGCAGAGGACAUUGAGUCCUCCAAGCAAGCCCAGCUGAGGACCCUGCAGACGAAACUGGCCAAGCGCCGGGCCCAGGCCAAGUCAGACCUGCACAACAAGCACAUGGAGGAGGCCAAGCAGGAAGGACUGGGUGAGGAGCUGGUGCCUGACCUGAUGGCCACGGACGAGGACGAAGCCAACAAGGAGCUGCAGUUGCUGAUGCUGAAGCAGCAGCAACUGAUCGCCGAGCUGCAGAAGGGAUACGCUGAGGAAGACGAAGAGUUCUUAAACAAGAAGAGGAACGGUCUUGAUGCGCAGAUGGAGGAGAAGAUGAGACUGCUGAACUUGGCCAACAGGCAGAAGAUAGCCGAUGUUGUUGAUGCCAUCCAACAGAACACAAACGAUGUCAACCGUGGAAACAGCAACCUGAAGAACAAGAUGAAGGAACGUCUGAACAAGCGGCGUCACUCCAAGAAGCACCUGACGCCGGACGGCAUCGAACCCGGCACUGACGAAGAGAAGCAGUACGUACAAGCUGUGGAGUCGCAGAUGGAGGCCGACCAGCAACGCAGCAUGCAGGCUGCCAUGGAAGUGGCACGGUCCCUGGCCAGUGAACAGCAGCAAGGAGAACACGAGAAGGCUAUCAAGGAAAUUCUGGCCAAUGAAGACAAGUCCGACGCUGAGGUGGAGGCCAUCAUUGCCAAGUACCUGGAAGAUGUGGGCGAGGUCCAGGGUAAGAUGGACUCCUCCCGGCAGGAGCAGAGGGACCACCUCCUGGCCAAGCUGGCCGCCCGCAAACGUCUCAAGGAGGAGGUGAUGGCAGAGGAGGCAGUCUCCAAGCAACUGGACCACAUCACCAAGAAACAGGUACUGAAGGGAACGGACGAGGGCGCUGUUGCCAUAGAUACAGUCAACAGCAACGUCAUGGCAGACGAGGCCUUGGAAGAAAGAAACAAACUCCUGGCAGAGCAAGAGGAGCGUCAGGCCCGACUCCAUGUGGCCCAGCAAGCCCAGCUCAACCAGCUCAACAGGGACCUGGACGCGGAGCUGGCCACGGCCACCACCUCCGUGGAGGAACAGCUGGAGGACCAGAAGACGGAGCUGCUGGCCCGGCAGGAGAGGGAGUUUGAGAAGGAGAUGCAGGUCAAGCGCAAGACGCUGACGGAGGAGGCCUGCAAGGAGCUGGUUGAUGACCACAAGAAGAAUAUGGAGAAGCUGUCCCAGAGCAUGGACCUGGAGAAGGACCGACAGAAGAUGGUCCUAGCUGACCGCAUCGCCCAGAAGCGGCGACAGCACCAGGAACGACUGCAGCAGAAGAACCAGGCCACAAUGAGCCAGGAGGUGCUGCGCCAGAGAGCCGAGAGAGACCAACUUAGCAACAAUCAGCUGAAGGGUGCUGAGCAUCAAGCUCUGGUGGAAUCAUUGGAAGAUGAGGAGAAUGGAAAGGCUGAAAACAUCAUCUACCGAGUGCUGCGGCAACGUCACAUGAAGGAGCAGGUCCAACAGGAGGAGCAAAUGGACCGGGAGAAGGAGGCGGCCGUUGUCAACGCCCGUUCCAAGAUGGCUGAAAUCUGCCAGCAGGAGCGAGACUCACUGAUCGAUGCCCAGCAGAAGGAAUUCCUGGAACUGGUGGCAAACUCCGGCUCCCUGUCGGCUGCCAACCUGACUGAGAGGAAAGAGAAACUACAGCAACAGCACCAGAAACAACUGGAGGAGUAUGACAACGUUACGGCCCAGCGGACGGAGCAGGCUGCCAAAGAUUGCCUCCCGGAGACAGAGGUCAAGCAGGCCCACGCCAGGCUGGCCAUGAGGGAGAGACAGCUCAAGGAGCUGGCCGAGGCCAUGAGGGACCUUUCCCCUGAAGAGGCCCUGGUUCACCAGUACACGGAUGCAGCCGAGAAGGCAGCCCGGGAUGCCCAGAAGUUCCGCGAGCAGAAGAUGAGCCAGGUGACCACGGAGAUCGAGCGCGUCAAGGCGGAGAAGAGGAAGCGGGACGAGGAGAGGCGGCGCAAGAUGGAGAAAGAGAUGGCGACUUUGGAGUCAGAGCUGGAGAUGGACCGGGUGCGUGACGAGCAGCGACAGCGAGAGCGCGACGGGCAACGGCAGAAGACCCUGGAGGAGCAGAAGGAGGAGAAAGAGAGACGGCUGCAGCUGGAGCUGCAGCAGCUGCAGGGCAACAAGGAAGCCCAAGAGAAACUGAUGGCGGAGCACCGGGAGAACAUGAAGCGCUUUGAGGAGUCCCAGCGGCUAGAGCAGGAGAGGAACCAGGAGAAAACUCGGGCCCGACUGGAGGCCCGGAGGAAGAAGAAGAAGGAGCAGGAGACAGAGCGAAUCAAGGGCGAGAUGAGUGGCCAGGCCGAGGUGGAUGAGAGACGCACCCAGGACUUGCUGAAUACCAUCCAGAGGCAGGGUGCCUCGGAUCUGAACCAGACCAUCAACUCCACCACGGCACCGGACGCUCCCAGCGACUGGGCCCAGCGCGAGCAGGAGGCCAUGGAAAGGUCCAAGCUGCCCCCCGGUGUGGACGAGUCCAUCUACGAUGCCCUGCUCGCCUCCCCGCUCUACCGGGACCUGCAAGAGAUUGAGGAGAUUGUCAACAGCACCGAUGCCCUCAAGAGACCCGGGGUCAAAGGUGCCGUCUCAGACGCCUUCAUCGAUGUCAAGGACGCCCAGUGGCUCCUGUCGCAGGACAUUGACCCCCUGGACAUCAACAGCAUCACCCCCAGCCAGUUCGUGGUCUACCGCUUUGGCGUCUUCGUCAUUCGCCUCCUGCAGCGGACCAACGCCACGCCCGGCGUCACCCUCCUCCUGGCCUCGUCGCUGCCGCACAACGACUACCACCGCAACAUGUACCGCCGCUCCUUCUUCUACCAGCGGGCUGCCAACAUCCUGUUUGUCCGGCGGGAGCGGCUGGAGUCAGUUGGGGAGUUUAUCAUGCUGAUUGCCCACUGCCUGGCCCACAUCAAGAUUGGUGAUCUGACGGAUGACACCAACCCUCACUUCUUGAGGGAAUUCUACAAGGCCAUAAAGGUCAUCUGCCAGGACAUGUUCUUUGCCCGCUCUCGAACCUCGCCUGUGACUGGAGCGCUGAUUGGUGGGUCACCCGCUCUUGGCAAAACCGCCCUGGAGCACGCCUUCAAGUACAGCAAGACGGACAGCGACAAGGCUGGCGUGGUGGGUGAGCUGGUGAACGUCAAGGUCCGGGCGCCAGUGGAACAAGACUUUGAUAAAGAGGUAUGGUGUGGUAUGACAUAUCAGAGGCUGUUAAGUAGGACCCAUUGACCGCACUGCACAGGACUCGGUGUGCAGAGCUGUGACCACUGACAGGGA